AACCGCCUCGAAAUUUGAAUCUUCCAUCCAACUUCUGACAGCAGCUAGCUGGGCUGUAGCAGCAGAAGUGAAGCUGGGAGGAAAGCGAGCCAUGCCUAUCGUGAGAAAGCGAGCUCUGAGUGAGGAAGACAACCGACUGAACGCGCCAACCAACAAACGAUUCAAGAGUGGGAGAAAAGAACUGUAUGAAUUUGACAACAUUGGCUAUCACCAAGACUACUUCCAUUCCAUCCAUCGCUUGAUCCCUGAAAACCUUGAUCAGCUGCAGAGGGUCGUUGCAAAAGAGAUUGGGUCGUUUCUGAACGGAAAAGGAGGAAUACUCUGUUUUGGCUGCCGAACAAAUGGAACAGUUUACGGAGAAUCGCUGCCUCGCUGGGAGGAAGACAAGAUGAAGCUGGUCAUCGACGACGUGUUCAAGAGGUUUAGACCGAUGGUCGAGCCCCAGCGUUACCGGGUCACCUGCACGCACGUCUCCCGUCGCUACUGGACACCCGACACGUCGAGAACUGUGGUAGAGAUUCGGGUACAGGCCGGGGACGACCACGAGAUGUAUGAAGACAUCUACCACAAGACGUACCUGAGAAAGGGUGAUGCUCCCUAUGGUCCCCUCACCCCCCACGAAAUCAAGAGACUCACAACCCAACAAUUGAGGCAGAAAUUCCAAGCUCUUGGGCCCAUCCAGAGUACCCUUCUCUGCCCCACGCGAGAGAUACCGAAACAGACCGCCAAAACUCAUCCAAACAAAGCAACCGAGAAGACGAAAUUUCACAUCAGGAUUCGACAUAGGAAAGAAUCGAGUGGGUCAGAAGAAGACCCUAUACUUGUGGCCAUCGUGAAACCGGUUGUUCAGAUUCAUCGGGAGCAACGAAUGACAGAGGAAGUGGCAGUAGAGGUCAAGAAGGAAGAAGGGGCGGUGAUUGAUCUAACUGACGAUGGCGAAGUGGAAGACGGAAAGAUUCUUGACGAAACAAGAGAUGAAAAUUCGACUCCAGUUAGUUCCAACGGACAUCGUUCGUCACUGCCUAGCGGUAGAGCUUUGCAUAGUAAGUGAUCUUCGCUCGUGCAUCCUCUGGCCUGCGCAGUCAGGUCUGUACCAAAAUCUACUGCCAGCGCACUUCUUCAUCAUCAGUUGGGGCGGUGACUGUUGUCAUCAAAAGAGAAAUCUACAGAUACAACAACAUCAUCAAGUGCAGCAAUGACAUCAUCAUCAAAUGCAAAGCCCACAGCAACGUCAAAAGUAGCAAUGACAUCAUCAUCGGCUACAGCAAUGACAUCAUCAUCAAAUGCAAAGCCUACAGCAACUUCAAAAGUAGCAAUGACAUCAUCAUCAAAUGCAAAACCUGCAGCAACGACGUCAUCUUCAAAUGCAGCAAUGACAUCAUCAAAACCUACAUUUACGACAUCAUCGUCAUCAAAUGCAAAGCCAAAAUCAUCGACAAAUGCAGCAAUGAAAUCAUCAAAUGCAAAACCGACAACUAUGACAUCCUUAUCUGCCACUUCCAAACCGAAAAUCACCUCAGCUAAAGCAGAACCUGCGAGUAAAUCUGGUUCAGCUAAAUCUGCCCCGUCUAGAACUGCUACUAAGACUUCUCGGUCAACUGCAGUUGAGAAGGCUAACCCAACAACGGCGGCUGCCACUCCUGCAAGUGUGUCUUCUGCUAGCUCCAAGACGUCUGCCGGCAAGUCUACUGCAGUGUCUGCUGCUGGUAAAGCGAAGCACACCGGCCCCGUGUCUAGUGGCCCAACAAAGACUGCUACUGUUGCAAAGAUGACGACAUCAUCCAGCAGGCAAGCAUCUGUCGCUUCAGCUAAGACCAGCAGCAAAGCCAGUGCCACAUCUACUGUUGCAGCUAAGAA